AAUAAAAUAAAAAUAUAUAGUCAUUUCCUUUCCUUUCCUCUUCUCCCCCCUCUUUCUCUCCUUUUUCCUAAUUUCGAUCAUCUUUUCUUCCAGAAUACGAAAUCCCUAAUUCAGCCUAUUGGCAAUGGAGCUGGUUUUUCCAGACACAAAAGCCAGCAGCUGCAGCUCCCUCCCAAACUGAUGAACUAACCAUUUGAAAGAUUUCCUUUUCUAUUUAUUUAUUCUUUUAAUUUCAAAAUUUUGCUGAAAAGCUCAAGUUGGGCAACAUCAGUGCUUUUACAACCACCCUUUUUGGUUCUUAAAGAAAAGGCUUGCUGAUCAAUUCCCACUUUAUUUGAUUGAUCACCCAGAUCGUCUUUUGCAGAUCUUUCGUAAAAAGCCCUCAUGGGUGAUAUGGAUUCAGGCUAUAGUGGAAGUAUGCAGUCUUCGAGCACGGACGGCGGCGGUACUGCUGCUGGUGGAAGUUGUUGCGGAGAUGAUCAAGAGUACGACUCACGCAGCGGAUGCGGUGGUGGUGGUGCCGAGUCUAUCUCGGCGUUUUUUAACCCCAUGUCCAGCUUCAGCAUCAACACGAACAACAACACCAGCAACAGCAACAACAUGGGAGGUGUUGCUCCGCUACAACUUUACUCUUUCAGCAACGGAUCAUUGUCGUUUGCUCAUCAAGUAUCCAACUAUUUCGAUCAUCCACAACCUACUAACUUUAUAAUUAACCAUCAUAACAGUGGUACCAAUAAUAAUAAUAAUAAUAAUAAUAUUAAUUAUAAUAACAAUAAUAAUAAUAAUCAAGCCGACAUGGUGUGGCCCAACAAAUUUGCUGCAGUUAGACCAUCUAUAUCAACCGAUGAAGCCAAUUGCACUGCUGAGGGUCGUCUUGGCUACAGCAUCCCCAACAACAACAACAACCACAACCAGCAACAACAACAACAAAACACGCAUCGGCAACAUCCUACAGUUACACCCUUACCGUCCCCAGGCCCUCCUGCGCCCGUGUCGUCAUCGAACCCGACUAGCACCCGACCGGGCCGAAAUCCGAAGAAAAGGUCCAGGGUUUCAAGAAGGGCACCCACAACUGUGUUGACUACCGACACCAACAAUUUUAGGCAAAUGGUCCAGGAGUUUACCGGCAUACCCGCGUCUCCGUUCAACGCCUUCUCACCACGAGCUCGAUUCGAUCUCUAUGGUGGUUUGGGUGGACAUUUUAGCUCAACAGUGCCAGCUCCACCAAGUUAUCUUUUAAGGCCCUCUCCUCAAAAGAUACCUCCUCUUUACCAACCACCAUAUUUAGCUAACUCUUCUCUUCCAUCACACACUAACACUAGUAUCAGUACUAGUGGUGCUUUGCUUGUUGAUGGGGCUGGGUUAGCCGCGGCAGCGGCGGCGUCUGCUUCUUUAGCUAGCACUAGUAUUAGCACCACCAUUGCAACACCAACAUGUACUACAACUUUCCAUUUAUGUGAUCCUCAAGAGUUUCUUAGCACCAAUCCUCAACUCACCUUUCAAUCCCUCCUACAAUCCUCUUCACCUGCGUUAUUAGCUGAUCAGCAAGAUUCGAGCAUGAGUCUAGGAUGUACUACUGUCACUCCGCAUCAGAGUAGUUGCUCUGUUAAUCCUGCAGGUGGAAACUGCAGCUACCGUGGUGGUAGUAGUACAUUUGCUGCUCCUGCUGCUGUUGUUGCUGCUGUCAGUGGCGGCGCCGCCGAUAAUAAUGGAGUUACCAGAAAGGGUGAAGGUAUGGUAGAGUCAUGGAUUUGUUCAUCUGAUUAAUUAGCUUUAGUGAUGUUUUGUGUAUUACAUUAUUAUUUACUCCGUAUAUUUGUAACAAAUUGUGUGGAAAAAAAACGAUUAUUAACUAGUACUAGUACUAGUACUAAUUGGGAUGGGAUGAUAGUUUUUUAGCGAGCUAGCAUUGUAUGGAAACUUUUAACCAUUCAGAAUCUCAACAUUAUCAUUUGUGUA